AUGUUCAAGGAUCGCAAAUUGUGCUCAGUCUGCAAUCAGUUAGGCGAUUGCUUUCAUUUUGGGGUCGUCACUUGCAAAGCAUGUGCUGCAUUUUUUCGGAGGUCAAUUCGAAUGAAAUUGGAUAAAACCUAUACGUGUAAAUUUGAUGAUUCGUGUGUUGUCAAAUCAGGCAAUCGCGAUAAAUGCAAGAGAUGUCGAUUCUUGAAAUGUGUCAAAGUCGGAAUGCUUCGCAAUUUAGUUUCAAAGGCAAGUCAGGUUGAAGUGCCGACGACAUUAAGCGACAAAUUAGUUCCAGUUGGCAAGAAGAUGUUCGAUGUGGAUUCAAGCAGCUAUGAGCGAAUCGCUCCAACGUUGUUCUCAAUUUUUGAAGCUUAUCGAGGAUUAUUCCAAAAAAGGACAUUCUUCCAUGAUUGUGUUAAGGAUCGAGAACCAAAAGCAACUUGUUUUCAAGAAUUCGUUCAAGUUUAUACAAAGGAUGUUUAUUUGCAAAAUGAGUUUUUGGAAGCAAGUUUUCCGGAAUAUGACACGAUGAGUACUGCUGCAAAGAAGAAGAUAUUCAAAUAUUUCUUUGUUUCUUUUCUUAUCCUCGAGAUGGGAUAUCGAUCAUAUCUUGAAGCAAAACCUCAUGAAGUCAUUAUCGCCAAUGGCGAUUUUAUAAAUAUUCGACAGACCGACAAAUUCUAUCUUGAUCCACAUCAAAAGCAAAACUGCAAGUCCCAAGAUGCUGUAGAAAUGUAUCAGCCAGUAUUCGACCAAAUGCAGAGAAAUGUGUUUCAGCCUUUGGUUGAGAAACGCUUAGAUAUUUUGGAAUUUCUUGCACUGGCGGCUCUUUCUUUGUGGAAUUAUGAUAUCGAAGAUCAGCCGGAUUGUUUCUAUGAAAUAUGUGCUCCACUGAAACAGCGGAUCAUCCACGAAUUGAUGUCAUUUUAUGAGAAACGCGGAAAUAUCACUGAUCCACUUUAUAGGCUAUCUAAUCUUCUAUUACUACUUCCUUCUUUAGAACGCGCUAUUCAAGUAUUUGUUGAUUAUGUUGAACUAAAAAGCGAAAUGCUGUUUUGUCUUUUUUACUGCAUAAUAAGCUAUGGAAACUCGCAGAAUUUGACGCGAGAUCAAGUCUAUUCUAUUUUGAGCAAAUAUUUUGAAGAAAACACUGACGGAACUCAGAACGAGUCACUAUUUCCAAGAUUUAAUGUCGAUGUCGCGUUGGCAAUGCUAAAAUUAGUUCAAGUGGUGGAGCCUGAGGAAAAAGUCACAUUUCUUUUCGACUAUAUUGUUACUUGGAGUGACAGAAGACUCAUGUGGAAUCCUGAUGAGUAUGAUGGCAUCAAUCAUAUUUACAUUCCAAGAUCGAAAAUGUGGAUCCCUGAAAUAUCAAUAGUCGAUGCGACAGAUAGAGAUGAAUAUACUCCAGAACAGCAAAGAAUUGGAUGGGUGAGUUCUAAUGGAUCCGCUGGUUAUUAUAUUUCGACAAUAACCUCUGUUAUAUGUAAUAUGAAUGUAUUUCGGUUUCCAUUGGAUGAACACACUUGCAGUGUGAAUCUACUAUUCUAUACAUAUUAUCCGAACGAAUAUCAAAUUUCGAUAAGAAUGGGAGUCCUUCCACGGCCGGUACCCGAACUUGGAAAUGGUGAAUGGCAAAUGUUGAAAAUCGCAAUAGGAGGAGAGCUUCUCCAAGAACAGGAAAUUAAUAUCCACAGUUUCGAGGCCACUUUUCGAAGAAAUCCUGGUUUUUAUAUCGCAUUGGUCAUGAUUCCUGCAUAUGUCAUCAAUGUCCUAUCAAUUCUAGCAUUAUUCAUAAAUAUCGAUGAUCGAUCUGAAAAAUUCACAAUUGGAAUGACGAAUAUCAUGUCGAUGACGUUCAUUUUAUCUAUUUUAUCGGCUGAUCUUCCUAAAACUCAAAAUCUUCCACUUUUGGCGAUUUAUGUUUUAACGAAUUUAUCUAUUAUGCUUACAUCGUUAGCUGCCGUUCUGUUUCUUCCAAAUUUUCGGAAAUUUUUUGGCCUCAAAAAGAGAAAGGAAGUUGAUACAAAUGGACUUUCGGUGCCUAGAAAGUGCGGUUUGGAUUCCACAGAUGGAGCUAGGUUGAUAUCUCCACAAUCCGAUUCGACAUUGGAAAAGACGGAACAGGAUUUAGAGCGCGAUUUGAUGGACGAUAUUCUGGAAAAAACUCAACACAGCAUCAUUACUGUUGGAAAUACUGAUCAAAAUGUGGUUUCAAGAGUCGAAAUCCAUACUAGAGAGAGGAAGUACGAGGCUCUCAUGAAAAACCAUCUUGAAAAGAUGCCAAGAACAGUGGAGCAGCCAAGUUCAAGUGAAUAUGAUAUCAGCUUCGAAUUCGAUGCAACUCAACAACCAAUUGAAUUGCCGACGACUUAUGAAGCCUUAUUGGCAGCUACUCGUCCUGCAAGUGAUAAAUCGGCGCAUCCGCAUCCUCCUACCGUUUUAAGAGCUAGACCAACUGGCCGCCAAUACAAUACGCUUUUGUUGGAACAUCCCGAUGUCAAACAUGCGGGAAGGAUGAACAAAGUAGCGAAACCAUUGAAGGAAAAGCUCAUGAACUCGGUUAAAACUAUUCACAACGACGUCUUGAAAUGCGAAAUCGUUCACAGGGGCCAAUUGGUUGUUUUCAUGGACCCAUAA